AGCUUCUCUUUUCCUGGCUGAAGCCACUUCUCUCUCUGAGCUCCUUCUAAAGGAGGUGUCAGGAUGAAGCUCCUUUUUGCAGCUGCCUUUGCACUGUUUGCGCUUUCUACCUUUGACCAGGUAGAUUCCUCUGCUUAUGAUAAAAUCGUGACCCACAGCCGCAUAAGGGCAAAGAAGCAGGGCCCGAAUGUGUGUGCACUCCAGCAAGUGUCAGGAACCAAGAAGAAGUACUUCAGUACUUGCCGUAACUGGCACCAAAGAACCAUCUGUGGAAAGGAAGCUCAAGUUGUCUAUGAGUGCUGUCCAGGAUACACGAAGCUGGGAGAUCUGCCUGGCUGUCCUGCUGCUGUUCCUAUUGACCAUGUGUACGGCACCCUUGGCUUAGUGAAUGCAAUCACCACACAGGAGUACUCAAGCUUGUCCAAACUGAAGGAGGAGAUUGAAGGAGUGGGAUCUUACACCUUUUUUGCCCCCAGUAACGAAGCUUGGGAUCUUUUAGAUGUGGAAGUGAGGGGUGCUUUGGUGAGCAAUGUCAAUAUCGAGCUGUACAAUGCUCUGCACUACCACAUGGCUGACAAGCGCUUCCUCACCAAAGACCUGAAGAAUGGACUCAUCCUCAAGUCAAUGUACAAUGACCUUACUCUUCACAUCAAUCACUAUCCCAAUGGGGUGGUUACGGUCAACUGUGCCCGGAUCAUUCAUGGAAACCAGGUGGCCACCAAUGGAGUGGUGCAUGUCAUCGAUCGUGUUAUCACUACUGUGAGCAACACCAUUCGGGAUGUGCUGGAUAUUGAGGAUGAGCUGUCUACUCUGAACACUGUGGCAUCCAAAGCUGGUCUGUUGGAGAAGAUGGGCAAGCCUGGCCACUUCACUCUGUUUGCUCCCACCAAUGAGGCCUUUCAUCAUCUAGAGAAAGAAGUAAAGGACAGACUCAUGAACAGCAAAAGUUCCCUCCAAGCCGUGUUCAAUUACCACCUCUUGGACUCAGUCCAGUGCUCAGAGGCCAUCAUGAGUGGCACCUCGCAUGAGACUGUGGAGGGCAGCAACAUCGAAAUUGGCUGUGAUGGAGACAGCAUUACCGUUAAUGGUGUCAAGAUGGUGCACAAGAAGGACAUUGUCACCAGUAAUGGAGUUAUCCACCUGAUUGACCGGGUGCUCAUGCCAAACUCAGCUAAACAGGUGUUGGAGCUGAUUGGCCAUUCAGAGUCCACCUUUGGGGAUAUGGUGUCAGAGCUGGGUCUGUCAGCAGCCAUGAGACCGAAGGCUGAGUACACACUUCUGGCUCCCCACAAUAUAGCCUUCAAUGAGGAGAUAAUGUCCAUGGACCAUAGUGACCUGAGAAUCAUUCUGGAAAACCACAUCCUGAAGAAAAAGAUUUUAUUGAGUCAGCUAUUUAAUGGCCAACGUCUGGAGACUCUGGGAGGAAAGUUCCUCCGGGUGUUCGUCUACCGUACCGCUGUCUGCAUUGAGAAUGCCUGCUUGAUUCGAGGAAGCAAAGAGGGGCAGAACGGUGCUCUUCAUCUCAUGAAGACUCUGAUCAAACCAAGUGAAUCCAGCAUGUUCAAAUUACUGACUGAUCAUGGAGGCUUCAAGAUCUUUUUGUCCUUGAUGGAGGAAGCUGGUCUGACUGAUUUGCUGAAGCAGGAGGGACAUUUCACCCUGUUUGCCCCAAGCGAUGAGGCUUUUGCUGGACUCUCUGACCACGACAUCCAUAUUCUGAAGAGUGAUCCCAAUGCCCUCAAAGCCAUCCUACUCUACCACUUCACCAAAGACAUCUUCAUUGGAGCAGGCUUGGAGUCCAGAGUUACGAAUCUGCUCAAAUCUCUCCAAGGCAGUCACCUCAAGUUCUUGUUUGGGAAAGACGGCUUGCAUGUGAACUCUGUUCUUAUUCCCAAGUCCGACCUCAUGGCAACAAAUGGAGUCAUUCACAUCACCAACAGCCUUCUGUACCCUGAAGAUGUUCCUGUUGGAAACCAGGAAUUAUUCACACUGCUCGGACGGUUCGUCAAGCACAUCCACAUCAAGUAUUCAUCAGGCCACAGAUUUCACGAGAUUCCAUUGACAUUCAUCAAAAGAGUCAUCACAGUUCCUGGAGUGACCCAUGAUACUCACAGAGAGCCAAGCAUUGCCAAGGUGACAAGACUCAUACAAGAGCCAGCUACUACCAAAUUGACCAGAGUUAUUAAAGGUCCUGAGGUCUUAUUCUCCAGCUUUGGUGAUACGGAGCACAAUGGACCCCAUACUGAGUUCAUAGAUUUGGACGCAGAUGCUAAGAAAAUUAUCCACGGCAUUCAAGAUGGAAGACGAGUGUCAGGAAGGCAUGUCCCAGCUGGAGUCAGAAGGAGAACCAGGAUGACCAAGACUCAGUGAGAUGGGAAAAACAAAUGCACCCUUCAGUGUUUGAAAAGAAAUCAAGGGUUUAAGGGAAUUGCUUGUUAAAAAAAAAAGAAAAAAGUGGCCUCUCUUAUGAACAUACUUUCGGAUGAGUCCAAUUAGACCUUGGAUUGAAGCAAACAGAGAUUAAAUUAUAUUGACAGUCAGUGAUUGUUUGUUAAUCCCAAGAGGAAAUUUAAUAUUAAAUUGUCCCUCUGUGUGUACAUAUUUUAUAGAGUUUUUUGUUUUGUUGCUGUUGUUGUUGUUUUUUUUUAAUCAUUUUUAUUUUGAAAAUGGUUACAUUUGGAACAGACUGUUACUGAAAUUUCACUCAGUCCAAUAAGGAAAAAAGUCAAAGACAAGAUGUGGAAAUUACACACGUGUAUUUUUUUAAACAUGUUUAACAAAAAAAAAAGCAAGUCAAAUUCCAUUCAGUUUGUUCUCUUAGUGGAUCUGUUUCAGAGAAUAUUUUGGAGCAUAUAACUAACUCCUUAAACCACGAUGGAACAUGAAUCCAGAUUUUGUUGGGUUGAGGUUUACUUCUGCAUGGCAAAAGAUUUUAUGGUGCUCAUUUUCAAUAUUAGUUUCUGGAAAAAUAAAUAAAUAAAAGUUUGCAAGAUUUUAAUAAAGAAAAA